AUGUAGUAAUGUCAUUAAUUUUGCAAAACUUGUUUUGGCCUACAUCUGCUGAGUGUUUAACUUGCAAUAAUAUUUCAAAUAUCGAAAAAGAAGAAUCAACAUGUUAAUGUUAAACAUGCUUUAGAAUCUUAUUAGAUGGCUGUUUAACUUGCGAUCUUAUUUAAAAUAGAAUAUUAAAAGGAUUAAAAUGUGUCUGUGCUUCAGGAUAUUAUGAAUUAAGUGAGUAAUUUAAUUAAAAUAAUAAUAGAUUGCCCAGAUGCAGAAGAUUUGACUUUAAGUUAAUGCUAUAAGUUAUGUAAUAAUAAUUAAUAGAUAUGGCAUAAUAUUACUUGUAAUUCUUGUGAUAUUGGAUUUCAAUUAGUAUCUGGAGAAUGUUAAACCAUUUGUGGAGAUCUAUAAAUUAUCGGAGAUGAAUUAUGUGAAGAUAAUAAUGCAAUCCUUAAUGAUUUAUGCUAUAACUGUUAAUUUUAAUGUCCAGCGCAUUGUUUGACUUGUGAUUCAUCAACAACCUUACCUUGCCCUGAUGUUUGUGGAGAUGGGAUUAUUACAGGAAUCGAAGAUGUAAAGAUGGAAAUAUAUUCUAUUUUGAAGACUGUGAAGAUAGAAAUAUAUUUGAUUUUUAAAAUUUACUUAUAUAAAUCAAUGUAAAUAUACAACUACUUAGGAUGGAUACAAUUAAUAUUGUAAAUUUUAAUGUUAACCGUAUUCAAUAUGCACGAGUUGUAUUGAAAACAGAUGCAAAUAAUGUGCUAAUGGAUAUCUGCUCUCUGAUGGUUAGAUUUGUGUUGCAAUAUGUGAAGAUUCACUCAAAGUAGUUGGUGAAUAGUGCGAAGAUGGAUUAAUAUUACCAGAUUAAGGUUGUUACAAUUGUAAAGAGAAAUGCUAAUCAUCUUGUAUUGAUUGUGAUAAAGUAUUUAUAAUUUCAUUCUAUUUGUAAAAGCUGUUUGGGUGGUAAAACUUGUAAAAUUGGUUAUAGAAAAAUUAAUAAUUUGUGUUAUUCAACUUGUGGAGACAAAAUAGUAACACAGAAUGAGAAAUGUGAUGAUGGGAAUUUAAUAUUUGAAGAUGGAUGUCAUUAAUGUUUAUUUAGUUGCCCAAUUUUACUUGUUCAAUUUGUCUUUAAAGUAUUUGUUAUGAUUGCAAUGAUGGUUAUUAGUAUAUUAAUUUUUCAUGCAUCAAAAUUCAAGAUUAAGUUAAAUAUGCAAGAUGCAAGAUGUAAUUGA